CGCUGGGAGCGCGCGCGCUCAGGUCUCGGCGCGGCGAUGGGGGCAGCGGCUGCCGAGGCGAACCGGACGCUGUUCGUGGGGAACCUGGACCCCAAGGUCACCGAGGAGCUCAUCUUCGAGCUCUUCCACCAGGCGGGCCCCGUGAUCACCGUGAAGAUCCCGAAGGACCGGGAUGGACGGCCCAAGCAGUUCGCCUUCGUGAAUUUCAAGCACGAGGAGUCGGUGCCGUACGGGCUGCGGCUGCUCAACGGGAUCAAGCUGUACGGGCGGCCCAUGCGCAUCCAGUUCCGAUCAGGGAGCAGUCAUGCUGCCCAGGAUAUCAAUCCAUCCUGUUCCCAGCUCGGAGCUGCUGGCACCAACCCUCCUGGAAUGCCUCAUCCAGCAUCCAACAGCAGCAGGUAUGACAGGGUUCCAGAUAGCAUGGCCUCACCAGGGUUCUCGUCGAGCCUGCAGAGACAAGCGGUGAUGAACAGUGCGGCUCGGCAGCAGCCCCAGUUCGGGGGGAAAUACGAGCAGCCCGGUUUUGCCCCUCCUGGCUACUCCCACUCCGCCCACGCCCUGCCGGGCUCCCCGGGGCUGCGGCGCCCCGAGGGGCCGGCACCGCGCAAGGGCCGGCUGGGCACCCACCCCUACUUCUCGGACAGCCGCCACUUCGGCCGCGAGCGCUUCGGGGAGUGCGGCUCCGACUACGGCCGGGGCAAGCGCGAUGAGUACGGCUUCGACGAGAGGGGCCACGAGGCCGAGCACCACUACCGGGGCGGCCGCGAGGAGCACUACGACAGGCACCGGGACAGCUGGAGCUACGAGUACCGCAGGGAGAGCUACAGAGAGGCCAAGUGGCACUCGGCGCGGCAUUGAUGGACUCGAGGGCAAAGCAAAUGUGACCUGUUUCUCACUGAGUACAUGUAUAAACCCCCCCUCCCCAAAAAAUCCCCCAGUGAAGUCACCUUUUAGUGUUUGUAAAAAUACCAGCAGGGCAGUCCUGCCAAACUCUGGUCUCAGUAUUAAAUGUGUUAACUCACACUUCAGGGCUUUUCACGGGGUGAAAAUCCGUGGUGAAGUUUUGGAGAAGCCACCCCUCUGUCCUUGUGUCACAGAGAAAUGCUGUUAGUAUUUUUUUAGGAGAAAGGAACAUCUGUGUCAGGUGGAAGGAUCUGGUGUUUUAAGCACAGUUGAGGUGGGACAGAUGCUGCCUGGCAACUGCAACAUCCCUCAUGUAGUGUUUUAUACAGUUGUAGAAUCACACAGUGGUCUGGGUUGAUAGGUACGUGAAGGACCACCUCACUCCAAACCCCUGCCAGAGGAAGGGAUACCUUCCACUAGACCAGGCUGCUCAGAACCCCAUCCAACCUGGUCUUGAACACUGCCAGUGAUGGAGUAUCCACAAUUUCCAUGGGUAACCUGUUACAGUGCCUAAGCACCCUCACAGUAAAGAAUCCUUUCCUAGUAUGUAAUCCAAACCUACUCGCUUUCAAUUUGAACCCAUUGUCCAUUUAAAAUAUUACAAUG